CUAUAUUCUCUCCGGUCCACAGUUCGUUAGGCAGUCUUCGUGUGUUCGUUACUUCGUUCUUUUCAGUUCAACGUCAAUUGCGAGCCACAAUGCAUGAUAUUCCCUCCAAAAUUUAUCUUCUAUGGCUUCCGGCUCGAAAUGCAACAAGGUAGGGAACACCGGCGGUUCGUCGGAGAACGGCGCCGACUUCAGAGGUGGCAGCGGGAACGCCCCUUUUGAGUACUCCGGCUGGGUGUAUCAUCUCGGGGUUAAUUCAAUUGGUCAUGAGUAUUUCCGCCACCGGUUCCUUAUCAUCCGCGGCAUGUUCGUCCAAAUGUAUAAGCGUGAUCCCCGUGAAUAUCCCCGCGCUAGGCCCGUUAGGAGGGGAGUUAUUGGUAAUUCAUUUGUGGUGGAGGGAUUAGGCCAUAGAAAGGUUAAUCACGGGGAUGUAUAUGUUGUGAGAUUUUACAACAGAUCGGAUGAGACAAAAAAGGGAGAAAUUGCUUGUGCUACUGCUGCAGAGGCUGAAAAAUGGAUGGAUGCCUUCGAUCAUGCAAAGAAACAGGUGGAGGUUGGGUUUUCAAGUGGUGAUGCUGCAAUACAUAAGCUCAGCACUGAGAAUGAAAUUAACCGAGAAGGACAUCGACCGAAGGUGCGGCGGUAUGCAAAUGGAUUGAAAGAGCUAAUAAAAAGAGGACAAGGUUAGUUUGUGGAGACAUGGCUUCUUGUUCCUGCAGAUCUACAUUUCCCUAUCACACACUCAUAUGUAGUUCUGUAGGGACAGAAAAACUUCUACGGCUAUCAUCAACCUUAUGCGCUGACAGCAUCCCGGAGCUAUACUAUGAAGCACAUGGUGGGGAUGCUACUGAAGCCCGUGAAUGGAAAUGUAUCCGCACGAUAAAUGGUGUUCGAAUAUUUGAAGAUAUGACGGAAGUAAAGAGCUGUAAAGUUGUGCUCGUCAAGGCUGUUGGCGUUGUUGAAGCAAGUGCAAACACUAUUUUUGAGAUAGUGCUAAAUCUUGAUCGACAUCAAAGAUACGAGUGGGAUACAUUGACAGGAGACCUGGAGUUGGUUGCUUCCUUGAGUGGACAUCAUGAUGUUGUUUAUGGGACAUUUGAGCCAAGGCACCUGACUUGGUGGCACUCUAAGAGAGAUUUUGUCUUUUCCCGUCAAUGGUGGCAAGGUCAAGAUGGAACUUACAUAAUCUUGCAGUUUCCAGCUGUUCAUAAGAAUUGGGCUCCAAAAUCUGGUUAUCGUCGUACAAAAAUAAACUCUUCCUCAUGGGAGAUUAGGAAUAUAAGCACAUCAUCAAAUUCAGCAAAAUGUCUUGUGACACUAAUGGUGGAGAUCCGCUCUAAAAACUGGUUCAAGUGGAAGAAGAACGACUUCUCUGAAUUUGAGAAGACUAUUCCAUUUGGACUGCUAAGUCAAGUGGCAGGUCUGAAAGAAUAUAUUGGAGCAAACCCAACACGCCCAUUCAAGUCAUCUGGUGUAAGCUUUAACUCAAAAAAAUCUGAUGCUUAUGCACACAAUAAUGAACUUGAGGGCACAGAAGGGGUGGAUUUGUUUUAUGAUGCAAUAGCCUCUGAUUCGUCAUCAUCUGAUGAAGAUAGUGAUGAUGAAGUGGAACCCAUUAAUAAGGAAAAAGUAGUUAAAACAAAGAAGGUUUCAUGGGCAACAGCAAGAUUAGCACUAAAUCGAGCUUCAGCAAAAGAUAUUGGCAAGGAGCUUAGUACAAAUUCAACUUUAUCUCUCAGUCCACGUUAUUUCUAUGGUACUAUGAAGCAAGGGAAAGAUGUGAAUGACCUGAGCUGCUGGAACUCUCCAGGGGGGUUGGGAUUCAUGAUAAGAGGGGAGUCAUACUUAAGAGAUAAUAGAAAGGUCAAGGGUGGAGAUCCACUGCUCAAUCUCAUUGCAGUUGAUUGGUACAAGGUGGAACAUUGUAUUACGAAGGUUGCAUUGCACCCCAAAUGUGUUGUUCAGUCUGAAGCAGGGAAAAAAAUUCCAUUCAUCCUUGUCAUUAAUCUUAUGGUUCCAGCUAAACCAAAUUACAGCCUGAUUCUUUAUUUUGCCACUAAUAAGCCCAUCGUAAAGGAUUCGUUGUUGGGUAAAUUCUUUGAUGGUACCGAUAUGUUUCGUGAUUCAAGGUUCAAACUUAUCCCAAGCAUCAUUGAGGGACACUGGAUGGUCAAACGUGCAGUUGGGACUAAGGCUUGCCUGUUGGGCAAAGCAGUAGCAUGCAAAUAUCUUUGCCAAGACAAUUUUCUGGAGAUUGAUGUAGACAUUGGCUCAUCAUCUGUUGCAAGGAGUGUCAUGGGGCUUGUACUUGGAUAUGCAUCUAGCCUUGUUGUUGACCUCGCAAUUCUACUAGAGGCAAAAGAAGAAUCAGAACUUCCGGAACAAAUUCUUGGAACUGUUAGACUUAAUCGCGUAACAGUUGAUUCUGCUGUUCAGUUAGAGGUUUAAAGAAUCAUUUGCACAAAUUACAUCCCCACAUAUGUAUCAUCAUCCGAGAGAGUGCUACAUAAUGAGACUAUUUUUGUAACUGUAUAAAAAUAGAAAUAGCUUGUACAUAUAAAUCAUUUUUGUUUCCUUAUUGAUGCUGCCAGUGAUGUCAAGAAUAGAGAGCUGACAUUUUGCUGUUCUCAAGAGGGGGAAAUGAGAAUGUGUGGUGGCACUUGACUUGGGGCUAUCUGUUUUUUUUUCAGAGACUCAAAAGAGUAAUGUAAUAUGCUAAAUGGACAAAUGUUUUUGCUUUUGGUCCAUAAGCCACAUUUCAGUCCUUCAUUAGUCAUUAUGACCCGUUAAUUAGUCAUUAGGCAUCAUUCAAUAAUUAGUCAUUGACAUGAUGGCCAACCAUCAUUCAUCAAUAAAACUAAUUAAAGAACUGCAAGUAUGGGAUAUAUAUCUGCUGUCUCAUAUUAUAUGCCCAAAGACGCAUUAAAAAACCUUUAUUUUUGUCGCUAAUUUUUGUCGAGUUGUAAUGGAGAAUAACUUUUAACA